CGAACGGUCCGUGACACACGCGAUUAUCACGCCGGCCGGCUGCCUUCGAUUUCUAAAUAUAAAUUCGAUUUUAAAAAAUCCUACCAUAAUUUACUUCGUUUUUUUGAAAGUAUCAACACAGACUAUAGUGCUAAGUGUACCCGUGUGAAGUUUGAACUAUACAUCUGAAUAUAUUAAAGACAUUCCAUUGAUUGUUUUUGUGAAGUGGGACGUGAAUUUCUCGAACUUUUUUCUGUAUAGUACGCGCACAAAGCAAGAAUGGAACAGAAGAAAGAAAUCAAUCUAGACUCCAUCCUCGAGAGUUUGGGGCCGUAUGGACGCUACAAUCUCUUUAAUUUCGUUCUGCUACUAUUUCCGGUGCUCUUGACAAGUUUCUUCGAAUGCGGAUUCAUCUUUGAGGCCCAGGAACAGAUGUACAGGUGCGAAGUCCACGGCUGCGAAGAAAGGUUUAACGACACAUCAUGGCUCAAAUACGCUGUACCCACAAACGCGGAGAAGAACCUCCCAGAAUCCUGUACCAGAUACGCGCCUUUGCAAAACAGGACCAUAGAACAGUGUCUUCCAGAGGAAUUCACAAAUAAAACAAUUCCUUGCGACAGCUUUGUCUAUGAGGAAGGGAAAUCAUUUGUUAAAGAAUUCAAUCUAGGGUGCCAAGAAUGGAAGCGAGCGUUAGUAGGGACCGUGCAUAACUCGGGAAUGUUCGCAGCCAUGCUUGUGACUGGCGCGGUAUCAGACAGGUUCGGAAGAAGAGUCGCUGUGGGCAUCGCCGCCACCGCAAGCUUCAUCUUUGGCAUAUCCAGGGCGUUCGCACCGGAUUACAUCACAUAUCUGGUGUUGCAUUUCCUGGAAGCCGCCUUUGGUGGUGGUUUAUAUCCAUCUGCGUAUGUCUUCGCGGUGGAACUAGUUGGCUUGAAACAGCGAGUCAUUGUCUCAGCGAUGUGCAACAUGACCUUCGUCGUGGGUGUUGUCCUGAUCGCCGUACUAGCCUGGUUCGUGGACAACUGGCGGACCUACAUUCUGAUACUAUACAGCCCAGCUAUCAUAGUAGGAAUAUACGUUUGGUUCAUGAACGAAAGCGCAAGAUGGCUGCUGAGCAAAGGCAGAAGGGACGAAGCCGUGACAACUCUGAAAAAGGCUGCAAAAAUCAACAAUUUAGACCCCCGGACAUUGGAUUUGGACGCCUUAAGCGAUCCUCUGCUAAAACCAGAGAACCAAACGGUGGAUAAGAAAUCUCAAUUCUCGAAAGCAAUACGUUCUAGUAUUAUAUGGAAAAGACUACUAAUAUGUUCAUUCCUUUGGUUAACCUGCUCUCUAGUAUACUACGGGCUGUCCAUCAACUCAGUGUCGCUAAGUUCGAAUAAGUAUGUGAGUUUCAUGUUGGUUGUGCUGGUGGAAAUACCCGCGUAUAUAGUGGUGGUGAUUGUAUUGGAUAAAUACGGUAGGAAGAAGACGAUGAUAGUGACAUACACCACGUGUGCGGCUACGAGUUUGCUUUUCGCCUUUUUACCGAGAUCGGAUCUUUGGUCUAUCCCUCUAUACCUCAUCGGGAAAUGGAGCGUGACCUUGACGUACAGUUCAGUAUACAUCUACGUGUCAGAAGUGUUCCCGACCAAUAUGCGGCAGACUCUGAUCAGCGUGUGCUCCACGGCUGGCAGAAUAGGCUCGCUUAUAGCACCGCUUACCCCACUACUGUCUAAGUACCACAAAUCGAUGCCAACAGUUCUGUUCGGUGGAAUGUGCUUUAUCUCCAGCUUAUUGGUGCUGAUGCUACCCGAAACGCGAAACGUCAGGCUACCUGACACGAUAGAAGAAGCCGAAGCAUUGUCCAGAACGAAGUCCAAAUCGGACGUGAUGUGCAAAGAAAAUGAGUUGUGAAAUUAGUGACUUCAAAUGUAUUCCUUUUACAAACAUAAUUUAUAUGAAUAGGUUUUAAAAAUAAAAUAUGAGGCCUGCACGAAACAGGGCGGGUUUUCAUCACUUUUUCUUCAGUGCCCACCAACGCACACAGAACGCUUAGCGUCUUCUUUUUCUUACGAAUAGGAUUUUGAACGCCCUAUAUCUGUGUUAACUGACUUUCAACCUGAGGGAAACGUGUCAAUAAAGGUAACUUUUUGCUAAAAGUGAGUUACUAAUAAUAUAAUCUAGAUAACAAGUGUCAUCACUCUUCCACACUAUGUCAAACUUACUAUGUCCAAAAAAAGUGAUUUAUAUGUUGCUUGAUAAUUGCUGCGUAAAACGACAGAACGUUUGCAUUUAUAUUACAGUAUUGUUUUAUUUAAUCUCUAUUUCAUGACAAUGAUUUCAAAAUGCAUUUUGUUUUUAAGAAAUUGAUUUUUAAACGGUUGUAUUAUAACGUAAAAUUUAACAUUUUAUGUUAAAUGAAA